UCUCCGAUGAUACGACUACGUUGGCUGCAGUGUUUGGUUCUCAACGGCGUCAUUUUCCUGGGCUCAGUUGGCGUUUUCAGACUAGUACGGUUCUACGCACCUUUGGUCGUUAUCACCCUGCUAGGUCGUGAAUCCCUUGCUGAUGACGAUAGUGAGAUGGAUCAUCGUCAUAUGGACACAUGCUGUGUACCUCAGCUCACAUGGGUAGUACCGGUCUACUCCCUCAGCUAUCUGCUCAACAUCGCCUGGCAUCAAGACAUCGCCAAUGAGACCUUCGCGAUAUUCUCUCCAUCGGACCCAAGGGUUAAGACUACUCUAACAGCUCGAAUAGUCGAUGCAUUGAUGCGGAACUUGCUCAAUAUUAUAUUCGCCCUGCAAACAUGGCUAUUGGGUUUUGUACCAUACAUCGGCACCUUCCUCAAUCUGACCAGCAUGUGCUUGCUGAUCUCUACAUACAGCUUCGAGUAUCGAUGGGUAUAUCUCGGAUGGGAGUCCCAUGUCCGUUUACGUUUCAUCGAGAGGCAUUGGGCAUACUUCAUCGGAUUCGGUCUCCCCUCGACUGUGCUAUGUUCCGUCUUUCCACGGUUCAUCGACAACGGAAUCUUUUCAAUGCUCUUCCCUAUCUGCAUUAUGACAGCCGUUGCUGCUAGACCGAGAAGCAUGACGACACUUGGCAGA